AUGUUGAGAAAAGCAGUUGUCUUGUUGUUUUUAUUUGUGCUGAUUGGUGGUAAGAGUCCUAACAGCUAGAGCCACUACAGUUUCUACCUUGCUUAAAAUCUUUAUUCAACCAGAAAAUUCCAGCUCUGGCCGCUCCCACAUCCAACUCACAAUCAGAAUCGGUUGAAUCUCCCGAGUCGGUUGAGUCACUCGAAUCCCAGGAAGUCUACGCCCCUCGAAGCGCUUCCCAGCAACAAGACGGCGGAUUCUUCGGCAGUGUCAAGAAGUACAUCUACGAUAUCUUCAAUGUUCGAUAUUAA